AUGUCAUACUGUUACCUUUUUUUUUUACGAUCCCCAUCUUACUAUCAGAUAAAACGUCAGUAUGCGCACGGUCUUCUCAUGCUUGACCGUUAUGUUGAACUGCCCGAUGGCAAAUCCGUUUUUACAGGUGUACUAUCAUGGAUAUCUUAUAUGGCACUUUUUCCGCCUUACACUUAUACUGUGGUGCACUUGAGAGAACACGGAAGAUCCGGCUCCCCUCCAAAACUGAAAGGAUUAAUGAAGCUGCUGAUGGGUCAAGGUUUACUGUACUUUGUAUGGGUGUUCGCAUAUGAGGCUCUGUGCACAAUAAGUGUCAUACCACUGAUAUACCCUUGGGGCCAGUAUCAGUUCUCAGCGAGCCAGGGGCGUCAACAAAUGGGCCUCCUGUUCGGGAGCACACUGGCGGGGAUCAAGCUUGUUGAAACGUUGACGCGGACGAGCCUGGAUAUCACUGUCAACGCUCUAACACACAUUAGUAAUAUGAUCCUUGCUCAGAAUGUUAUAACCGUCUUUUCUGUUUAUAUUUAA